GUUGCACAAUCCAUCCGGUGACUGCGAGGCCCUCGGGUUCCCUGGGGAGCCAGCUUCUUUUGCUGCUUUGGUUGAAUCCUUGAUUUCCACCCCAGCCUCACCUCUUGAGGCUGCCAGUCUCAUUCUGCACGUCAGGCCAAGUUCCUUCAUCCCUCUCCUCAAGUGAUAACAAUGAUGGCAGUAAUAAUAGUAGCUGACAUUUGUUGAGAACUUACCAUGUGCUGGCAUUAUUACUUUACAAGAAAUAACCCGUUUAAUCCUCAUAACACUCUAUGAAAUAGGUGGCCCCAUUACCACCCCUGGUUCACAGAGGGGGAAACCGAGGCCCAGAGAUGCAGAGUCUGAACUUUACGGAGGAGCCGGCAGGUGCUCUCCUGGGAGUACAUCUCCAAGCUGCAGCAUAUGUCUGGCAGCCAGAGGAGGACCCGGGCAUCCCACCCCCACAGCAGUGAAAGUGAGUCCCUCGGCAUCACUCAGAAGGCGGGUGGGAAAUGUCAAGGGCAAUUUGGAAGCAACAAUGUGUCCGUGGGAUUUGGCUCAGUGAUCUAAUGCUCUCGGCUGUAAGGAAUAAAAACCCAAUCUAAAGAGGCUUUAAAAGUCAGGAAACUUAUUGUCUCACACACUGCUGGAAGUGAUGAGGAAUCGGGGAUUGGCUAGUUCAGCAGCUUAGUGACAUCAGCAAGGACCCAGGUCCUGGGACUCAGUUGUCCUCCAACUGUCUCUCCUCUUUGGCUCAAGAUGGCUGCCACUGCUCCAAACAUCAUGAUCUCUCCCCAACAACUCUAGAGAGAGAAGAGCCUGUUUCUUUUAUUCCCUUUAUCUAAGAACUUUCAUAUAUAAAACAUUUUUUAAUGUCGGUAUCAUUGGGAACUCCAUGUAAUGUUGUUUUAUAAAUGCUCUUUUUUUAUUGUAGUGAGAGCAUUUAACAUGAGAUCUAUCCUUUUAAAAAAUUUUUAAGUGUAUGAUAAAAUAUUGUUAACUAUAGACAUGAUGUUCUAGAAGUUCUAGAAGUUCAACUCUAGAACUUAAUUCAUCUUGUGUAACUAAAACUUUAUACCCAUUGAACAGUAACGCCUCGUUUCCCCUGCCCCCCGCCCCUGGCAACCACCCUACUCCCUGCCUCUAUGAGUUUCACUAUUCUAGAUACUUCAUGUAAGUGGAAUCUUGCAGUAUUUGUCCUUCUGUGACUGGCUUAUUUCACUCAGCAUAAUGAUCCAGCUUCUGGGUAUUUAUCCAAAAGAAUUGAAAUCAAGAUCUUGAAGAGAUAACUGCACUCCCAUGUUCAUUGCAGCAUUAUUCACAAUAGCCAAGAUGUGGAAACAACCUAAAUGCCCAUCGACAGAUGAAUGGAUUAAAAAAAAUGUGGUAUUCACAUACAGUGGAUUAUUAGUCAGCCUUAAAAAGGAAGGAAAUCCCACAUUAUGCUAAGUGAAAUAAACACCUGUCUCUUUUGAAGAGCAGGGAGACCUUUCCCAGAAGCCCCCGGCAGAUUUCCCAGCAGGCUCAUCGCGCUCUGCGUGCAGCCUAGACCGCCCACUGGCAAGGACCCGUAUCAGCACCUCUGCCUCGUGCUGUCUGGACCCUCUGCACGGCCUCUGCGUCUGUGCGUUUCUGACUGAUUCUCCCCCUUCCUCAUAAAUUCUGUAUGCUCCCCACGUUCCCCCAGUAAAUUCCCUCCUGCUUAAGUUAGCCAGAUCUGCAUCUCACUGAGACACUCGAAUUUCCAAAAGGCCAUCCUCGGCCCCGUCAUCACCACGUCAUGGUUGCUCGUGUGCAUUGAGCACUUACUAUCUGCUAGGCCCCGUGCAACGCACUUUCCUUACACCAGAGGACCCCAACGAGGGUGGUUUUGCCCCGCAGGGGACAGUCAGCAGCGUCAGAGGACACCGCGACUCCGGGCAGGGAGUGCCGCUCGCAUCUAUUGGGUAGGGAAGCGAGGGACGCUGCUAAACCUCCCUGCGGUGCCCAGGACGGCCCCACAGCAGCAACGGUCUGCCCCAGACGCCAGGAGCACGGGGUUGAGACAGCCUCUCCUGACCGUUUCUGGAGGAAGGCCUCCUGGCCGGGGGCUUCACAGAGCACGUCCAGUCCAGAGUGCCCUUCACGUCCAGGCUGAAAAUCCUUGCCUCACGCUGUCGGCCAGAGGGUGAUCGAGAAGCUCCCCUGCGGGCCCGGCCUUAGCCCUCAGGAGAUUGAGCCCAUUUCACUUCCUUAGGUUUGUCUAUUUGCCUCCGGCCUUGUUCCAAAAGUUGCUCAAGGCAGCUGGAACCAGCGAUCAAUACUCAUAUUAUCCCCGAGUGAGGAAAGAAACAAACCUCAGCUCCACGGAUAGAUACUCAGAGCAGUUCUCACGAGGGAAUUUCACACCGGGCCGUGCUCGGAGGGAUGGGCAGUGAGGUGGCAAGAGGGCUCAAGUAUUUGUCAGGAAUUCUUGUAGCUGCCAGCAAUGGAAAUGCAACCCAAAGUGGGUUUUAAAAGAGAGGAGGAGAGAGAAAAGUUUACUGGCUUAUAUGACCGAGAAGUUCAGGGCUACGUCUGCUUCAGGCAACAGCUGGAUCCAGGAGCACCAACGAUGUUUUCAGGACGUGGGUUGUCUCCGUCUCUUGGCUCUGUUUGCCCUGUGUCGGCUGUACUCUCAGGCGGGUUUUGCCCUCGUGGUGGCACAGUGACCACAGCUGCUCCAGGCUGACAUCCCACUGGCUCAGCCACCUCAAGGCAACGACAUCUUUUAUUCCACAGAACUGGGUUCUGUUGGCUUUGAUUGGAUCGUAUGCCCAUCCUGAAUCAACUGAUGAAGCCAGGGGCCUGGGAAGUUCUGACUGGCCAGACCCAGCUCAUGAGUCUACCGCAGGGGACGGGGUCAGCUCACCUGAUCCACGCAGACCAAGGGGGUGGCGACCCUGCAGGGGAAAAUCAGAGUGUAUUCUCCAGAAGAACGGGGGGGCGGGCACUGGGGGCCCCGGAGCUCUGCACAUGCAGCAUCUCCGACAGUUAGUUCCCCCACCGAAUCCCACAGGGACCUGCUCUGAGCCUGGCCUCAAGCGCAGAAUGAACCUGGCACCUUCCGCCCUCUGGGCGGAGGAAAGAUAUAAAUAAGGGUAAUUCAAGGCGCCGUGUGAUAUGUCCUGGGAGAAAGAAACAAACAAAAGGCCACAGACAUUAGAGGGAGGCCUUUAAACUCACCCGAGCGGUGAGGUGCGAAAGGGCACCGGGCUCGCAGGAGCGGCCUGAGCAAGGCUGCGGAGCUGGGACGGGACAGGGUGUGUUUGAGGGACCAAGGGUCAUCCUCUUGCUUGGCCACGUUGGGGAGGAGGCUGCAGAGGUCAGGGCACAUCAUGCAGGACCAGGCUAACCCAGCCCAGGUGUUUGGACUUGAUCUAGUGGCAGCGGGGAGCCAUCAGUGGUUCUAGAGCAGAGCAGGCACAGGAUCUAGAGUUGUGCUUUCUGAAGAUGAACUGGACAGGUGUGGAAGAGGAAGGGCUGGAACGGGGGGAGCUGGGAGGACAAUUGGGCAGCUGUCACAAUUGUCCUGGGGCAGGUGCUGGCCGUCUGAACCAGGACAAAGGCCGUGGGGAGGUGGCAGGCAGUGGCUUUCCUGUUCACCUGCCUCCAAAACACCUCAGCUCAGCGCGUCCUGAGCUGAGCACAGCGCCUGCUCCUUCCCCACAUCCCUUCACAGCAAAUGGUCCUACAGCCUCCCAGUUACGCGACCAGGGGCGCCAGAGUCGUUCUGGACUCCUCUCUUCCCCCGUGACCCCCAGCAGGCAGUGCUGUGGCUCCCACUGUCACGAUACACCCCGAAUGCCACUUCUCACGCCCGCCCCUCCGGCCCAGGUGGCUCCUCCUUGGUCCCUGCCCCCGCCCUCGCUGCCCGUCCCGGUCACUCUCCCCAGAGCGGCCAGCGGGUCCUCUAAGCAGACAAGGCCCCUUCUGUGACAUGAAUUAAAAAGGCGGUUCUUGCUCUGUCCUGCUCGGAGCCCUCCAGUGGGUCUUUAUCCACAGAGGAGGGAAUCCAGAAUUCCUGGCCUGGAGGCCCUGCGCCAUCUGACCCCUGAGUCCUUUGACCUCACCUCCCGGACUCGCUCCUCGCUCACUCAACUCCUGCCACACUGGCCUCCUCACCGCCUGCAAACGGGUCAAGCCACUCCCUCCUGGAGGCCCUUUCAUUGUCCCCUGGGGAUGAGGCACACAGUAGAUGCUCAAUAAAUGUGGGGUGCAUGGAGGGCUGGGAGACAGAGGCCUGGACCCCGGCAGCGGCGCGAGGAGAGGGUGGGGGCCCUGGGUGAAUACCAAGGUUGUCCAGUCACCCUGGACAGAGCCCCGGCGCCCCGGCUGGUCCCUAAGGAAGGCCCCUGGCCACCCCAGCCCCUCCCCCACGUCUACUGCACACGUCCGGGCAGGGCUGGGAGUCGAGCGAGGGAGGAAGGAAGUGAGGGGACAGAGGAAGCACGCUCUCUGCCUGGCCCGAUCCCCCUCCCAGCUCCCGGCCCUCCUCGGGGAGCCAGGGACACGGGGUGCCAAGGGGAGCCAGGCCGAUGACCAGGUUGCAGGGGGCUGGAUUUGUCCCCACCCAACAGCACACAGGGUUCUGUGUGCUGUUGUCAACAGGGGACGGGGAUCCUGGGCAGUGGGGGUGGUCAGGCCCCAACACUGGGGAAUCUCCUCAGAGAGCGGAGACCGUUAGAGCUGCUGGAUGAGCCAUGGCCAGGUGGGGAAACUGAGUCACUGCUCCUCACAGGGGCCUGACCCCACCAGCACGCAGCACCUGCGGGAGCCAGCCUGUCCUCGAGCCACGGAGACAGACGGGAGCGGCCGGCCCGGCGAGGGCUGAGCAGGCCCACAAGGCCGGAACCGCGUGCAGAAGCGACGGGGCCCCGACUCGCCCGCGCUGACCAGCCCUGGGCCAGCCCCGCUGCUGGCCCGGCAAGCCAGCAACGGUUGCCACGCUCACGCCCGGGGGCUGCGUGCCGGCCGUGUGCCAGUGUUUUACACAGAGCACCUGUUUCUCUCAUUCAGCAAAAAUUCACUGAGCGCCGACCACGUGCAGGACACUCUUCCAGACACUAAUAGUGAGCGAAACACCAGCACUUCCUGCUUUCGUGGAAGUGACACUAGUGCCACCACAAAUAAAUAUAACGUGCAAUGUGUUCGGAGGGGUAAGUGUUGUGGAGGAAGAUACAGCGGAGGGGAUCCCGGGGGUAGGAUUUUCAGUGGCACACCUCAGAGGUGUUAUCAUUGUCCCCAUUUUGCAGAUGAGGGAACUGGGCACAGAGAGGCUGCGUGAUGUGCACAAGGUCACACAGCUAAGUGGCGGAGAUAGGAUUUGAACCCAAGCCCUCCGGCUCCAGGGCCCUGGUUCCUGAGUGGACGAGGACACCAGGUCUCUGUCUUCAGCACAGGCCCCCCCACGCCUCGGGACAGGGAGGACUCAGGGAGGCGCAGGCAGCCACGGUGAGGAGGGUGAGAGCUGGCUUCGCAAGGGACCAGCUCCCAGACUUCCAGCCUCGGAAGGCACGUCUCCUCCCUGGGCCUCAGUUUCCAUGUCUGCAAAAUGGGGAGCUGCGAUUCCUGCCUGGAGUGGGCGCCUCUGAGGUCCUGGCUGUGGCACUGCCUUGUGAGACCGGCCGUGGUGACCCCUGACAGCGUUCACGCCUGUCCCCAUCCAUCCUCCACCCGCGGCCAGAGGCGGCUCCGGGAGACGCAGUCGACCCGCUCCCGACGGAAACCCUCCGACGGCCGCACCUCGCUCAGAUGGAGUUCCCACUCCACGCCCGGCCCACGGGGACCCUGACGUCCUGUCCCCUCGCUCACUCUGCUGCGGCCGCCCUGGGCUCCUGGCAGCCCCUGCGCGUCCCCCAGCCCGGCCCCGCCUCCCUGCCCAGCCGGCCCCCCGCCUGAAACCCCUUCCUCACGGGUCGGCAACAGGCAGAACUCGGCCCUCACCCCAAAGCCGGGGCUCUGCUGUCCCCUUGGUGUCAAGAUGCCCCACAGACAGAGCCGGAUGGAGACGGAGACAGACAGGGGCGGGCGAGGGCGGCUCAUGAACACACUAGAGCAAGCGACCCGAGGUACACGGAGACGGAGACACACACAGAGGUGGAUACACAAACAGCUGCAGGUACACCCAGGGAGACACACGCAGGCAGACACAAUAGAUGCCAAAAGCCACAAGCUGGCUCAGAUGUACUGCCACACUGAGUGUGCAAGACGUGCGUGGGCACACUCAGAGACAGUGUCAGACACACACACCCCUCUGUACACACACACACACUCUAGCAUCUCACACAUACAUGUGCGCACACACUCCAGCAUCACGCACACACAUGAGCACACACACACUCCAGCAUCAUGCACACAUGUGCACACACACACACACUCCAGCAUCGUGCACACACUCCAGCAUCACGCACACACGUGCACACACACACGCUCCAGCAUCACGCACACACAUGUGCACACAUACACUCCAGCAUCACUCACACACGUGCACACACACACUCCAGCAUCACGCACACACGUGCACACACACACCGCCCUCAGGCGCCCGGAACAGCCCAGUGCCAAGUGUCCCGGGCCAGGCCCGCCCGCAGCCAGCGCUGGUGGGAAGGCGUCCCGGGGAACAAUGCCCCCCCACCUGCGCAGACACAGGAGCCAUUGUCAGCCGGGCACACACCACGGGCCGCCUCUCAGCAGACUCCUGGCAGCUGUGCCUGCACCUGGGGGCAGGAGGCUGGCGGCUCCCCAGGCCCACCUGCUCCCACCCACCCACCUGGGACCCUCCUCCUCCAGAGCCUCCUGCCUGGUCCUGCAGCCCCCCGGGGGCUUAACCCCUGGCCCGCCUUCCCUCCCUGACUCCUGGGGUCUGAUGAACUCUCCCCAGGGGGCAGCCAGGGGGCAGGGCUGGGUGGUCAAAAGUGUGGAACGUAGACCCAAACACACACGCUGUGUGACCUUGGGCAAGUCACUUUGCCUCUCUGAGCCUCAGUUUCCUCAUCUACAAAAUGGGAUAAUGCUACCGGCUACCUCACAGGGUUGGGGGGAUGAUAAGCUGAGUCAGAGCAUACACAACGCCAAGGCGGCGGGUGAGCCGGAGAUCUGGGAGGCCUGGGCUCCAGCACCAGCCCUGCUGCCCCCUUGUCACGAGGCCCUGCACAUCUGACAACCCCUCUCUGUACCGCGGCCUUCUCACCGUGGAUGCGGGGAUAACCACUGUCCCUCCCUCCGAGGAUGUCCAUUCUGUGAAACCCUCAUACCCGGCUCAGAAUGGGUCUGGCACACAGUAGGCUCUCAAUCACUGCUGGCCGUGACCCUUGUCUUACAUGGACUGGGACUUGCUUACUCAUUUAUUCCCUCUCUUCAUUCAUUCGACCAGUAUUUUCUGUGUACCUACUAUGCGCCAUGACUGGUGCUAAGUCUCUCACCCAGAAGUUGCUUCGUUCCCUAGGCCACAGAGGGCCCCUGAUAGAUGUUUGUUGACUGACUGAAUGAGAGAAGGCAAUUCAGAGACCAUCAUCACCUCCAGGUGCCCCAAGGACAUGGGCUAAGAGUGGUCAGGUGGCCUGGGUCCACCUCUCAGGCUGUGACGUCCGAGCAGGCUCCCUACUCCACGAGCAGGGCUGUGCUGAGGACAGAGCAGGGCAGAAAGAGGGGAAGGGCCGCUCGGCUAGCAACUACAAUGCGGGGCUGCCCUGCCAGCAGCACCCCGAUCCUUUUCAGGACCCGCUCCUUCCCGUCCUUAGGUCUCUGCUCGGAUGGAACCUCCCCGCCCCCACGGCCCCUCUGAUCAGCUCCAUCAGAAACCUCCCCGCACCCCCGACUUCCGAUGAUGCACUUCUUGGCUCGUCCGGGCUGUCAUCUCCCCCAAACCAGGGCUUCUCGAGCUCCUGACUUCCGGGGCCAGGCCGCUCUCUGCUGGGAGGCUGGCCUGUGCACUUCAGCGUCAGGUCAGCAGCCCCCCGGCUGCCACCAACCAGAUGUAGUGGUGUCCCCUCCCCCGCCCAGUUGUGACGCCACAAAUACCUCCAAACACUGCCCAGUGUCCCCAGGGGAUGAAACAGUGCCCAGCUGAGAACUGCCGCUGAGGUCAUGAGCUCCAGGAGGGCCGGAAUCUUUACGUCCGGUUUCCUGCUGUACGCCCCAGUGCACCCAGCAAGCAUUCAAUGCAUACUUGUCGAGUGAAUCUUCAACAGAUGAAUCCCGUGGACACGUGCUGCUCUGCUUCCCUAGGAUGAUUUUCCACCCCUUUGCCUGGUGAACUCCUACUCACCCUUCAAGACCCUAGGAGGCAACGUAGAUGAGGAAAGUAGGCUAAGCAGGGACCAGGCUGCAGAGGAGAGUACCUACUGUGUGCCACUCUGCAAGGGACACCCAGGACCCACUCCGGCUUUUCUAGGCCCUGCAGGAAUGUGGCCACAGCAUAGCCAGAUCUUCCCACUUUUCAAGAAAAGCUAGAGAAAUGGAUUUUAUGUGAAAUCUCCUGGUAUUUCAAAUGUUGGCAACUAAUUCACAUUUUUAAAAAAUACUUCAAGGGCCAAACCAAACAUAUUCUUGGCCCGGAUUUGGCCUGUGGGCAGCUGGUCAGCAAGGUCCGCUAUUGGGGGCGUACUGGGUAUGGUCACCUGCGUGCCAGCCUGUGAUCGUGCGAGAACGCAGUUCCUCCUGGAGUCUCACUUGCAUCCCCUUUGCUGCAGCAGCUGUGGGCAGGGUCCUCACACAGCUGAGGCCGCUCCGAUGGGCAGAGGCAAACCCCCAGCUCCAGGCGAGACCCAUGGGCAACUGCCCAGCCCGCCCGGGACCAGCCGUAGGCCCAGCUCAGCCCAGGGCGGGGGUGGAGGGGCGGGCGGAGGGUCUCAUCCCCGGCCCUUGAGAGGUUAGCCUGUGGCUCCAAGACUCCCACACGCUGGGCCCGGGGAGACCAGCACUCGUGCUAGGGCUGUUCACCCCCAGACUCCUCGGCUCUCUAAGAAGUAAAAACAGGGAAACCAAGGCAGGGCUGGGCCUCCAGGGAACCUUGGCUUGCAGUCUCUUGGGCAGGCUCCGAGGGAGCCAAGAGGCAGACUUCUCUGGAAAGUCCCUCUUCUUUGGGAACUGGCUGGGUGCCGGGGACAGAGGACAGCCAGGGUCUCCUAGUCUCCAAGGCUCCAGCCUCAUCUAGCAGCUCCUCAAGCGUCUGCUCGUCCCGGGACAGAACUUUCCAGAAACUGAAAAUUGGAAAAGCCCCUCUCUGGGAACCCCGGGCCCCUGGAUGGGAGCUGUGGGACUGCAGGGCUGGGGUAUGAACCCCCGUCCCAAGCCCUGGUGUUGGCUGGAGACCCUCCAAGGCAGAGCCAGCUCCUCCCACCCGCUACCCCACCCACGGCCCUCUCAAGGGUCUGAAGGGCCCCCUCAGCCAUUUCCCUCAGCCAGACCCAGGCCCAGCUCACAUCAGACGCUGCCACCAUCAUCCAGGAGCCGAGAGUCCCACAGACCAGACUUCAAAGCC